AUGGCUGAGAAGAAAAACAUAAAAAAAAACGAUAAAAUUAAAAUGGAAAGUCAAAAUGAACACAGCAGUACCUCAAAAAGAAAAAGAGUUGAUAUCAUAGAAAAUGAUGAUAUAUUAACCUCAGCAGAUGAAAUUAGUAAGAAUGACAGUUCUAAAAAAAAAGGUACAAGCCGUAAAGAGCGAAAAAAACAAGCUACAAUUAAUGUGAAAACUGAAAAAGGUAUAGAAAAAUAUCUAAAUGAAAAUAAAAUGAAUUUCAAAGAUAUUAUCAUAAAAAAAGAACCUGAAAGCGAUAAUGAAAUGAAAAACGAUAAGCGUCGCCGAAAUAGCAUAGUUUCAAAUUGUGAAGAAAAUGGAAUUGAUAAUAAUACGAGUUCUUAUAAAACACCUGCAGCUUCUACGUAUAGAGGAAUAAAAAAAGAAUCCAAAGAAUAUAAAAAUGUGCUAUCUAAUUAUGUAAAUGAGCAUAGUAAAAAGAUUAUGGAUGAUGCUGACGAAAAGAAGAAAGAUGUAGGAAAUGCAAAUAGCAAUAAUACUACUAAUAACAGCAAAGGAGGAAUAGAUGAGCGACUAUAUAAAUGGGUAAAUGCAUUAUUUAAUAGUGAAACUAAAGAUGACGAAGAUCAAAAUAUGGAAGAAGAUAGCAAAUUUUAUGGUGGUGUAAAAGUUCAAAAAGUAAACACCAUUGCCACCCCAAAUAAUAAUAGUAAUUCAAAAAAAAUUAAUACUGAUGUAAAGGUGGUUGAAGUUUUAGAUGUUGUGAAAUUACCGGAAUCAAAUAAUUUAGAUGAAUCAUUAAAUUCACCAAAUAUAAGUUCAUUAGCUCAAAAUGGAAAUAAUGAAAAUAAUGGAACUGAUGAGAAUAAUGACAAUGAACAAGAUGCAGGAGAAAGGGAAAGUACAAAAAUAACUGAUUAUAUCUAUGACGGAAAAUUGGAAUAUCCGCUAAGUAUAUAUCAAAAAAUAAUAUUUAAACGUCCCGAUCAUGAUUACAAAAAAUGGGUAUGCAAUUGCACUGUUUUAUGUGUUGUAAAUCUUCCGUUGAAUGCAUCAGAUGGAUACUUAUUAAAAUCUUUAAUAGAUAUGUACUAUAAACAUGAAAAUAGGGAUAUGACAUUAGAUGUAUUGGACUUGUUCGAUGUUGAAAAUAUAAAUGGAUUUUUGGAAGUUUAUGGAUCUAUUGAUGACAGUCCGAGAAAAUAUGAAUUACUGGCUAGCCAUUUAGGUAUAAUAAAAUUUGAUGUAUUAUUUACUGUUGGAUCAUCUUCACACAAAAAUGAAAUGGUCAUAUCCAAUAUAUAUGCGAUUUCUAAAAAGUUAUAUAGGCCUGAAGAAUUCCCCAUUGGCUCCUUAGGUUUAUUACAUUUUAAAAAUGAAAAAUAUGCUAAAGAAUUUUGGACUAUUUUUUCAAACGUUUCAACUGUAAUUAAUGGAAAAGCUAUUCAACUUAUGCCUGACAUAAAUGCUCUCAAAAUAUUUGUAGAAGCAUCCGUAUAUUAUUUACAGCCUGAUUCCCUAUUCGCACAAAUUAAUUAUAACGAGUUGAAUAUGUUGCUAUCUAGUAUUAAAAAUAAGGUCCCAGAUAUAUAUAAAAUGAUGAGACUUAUAAAGAAUCAUUUUAAGCAAGAAAGUAUAUGGAAUAUGAUUUUUGCUGACGUCGACAUAAGUUUCUUAGAUUUUUAUAUGGAAGAUAUAGGACAACCAAAAACACCUGAAGAGGAAAAUAAUGAUCCAAACGAGUCCAAUGAAGAAGAAGAAGACCAAGACCAAGACGAAAACCAAGAACAAGAACAAGAACAAAAUGAGAGCCAGAGAAAUAACGGUGAAAAUUCUAUAAUUUCAUUUUCAAAGAUAGAGGAUAAUAAUAGAGUGUCACUUCACCUUUUUAAGACAUCUAAUAAAGAUAUAUGUGUGGUACACAAAGUAAACGAGAUGACGUCGAAAUAUAUUUGUUCAGUAAGCCUUUUGAUUCGGGUAUACAAUACACACAUAAACAAAUAUUUGAUGGAGAAAGGAUAUUGUUUGAUAGCAUGCCCAUAUUUAGAUCAAGAAACAGGGAAAAAAGUUGCAGAUUUUUUAAAGAAAUUUCAUUUAUUGGAUUGGUUAUAUAACACAAAAGAUCAAACAUGCUAUUAUUACGCUUUCAAAUCGAUAUUAGAAGCUUUGGCUGUUUUUAAAAAAAAUUUUAUUGCUUCACCAGUUCAUAAUAUAUGCUCACUCUUUUUAAAAUUUCCUUUUGGUAUCGUCACAGCAGUUUACCUAAAUAUUAAUCCAGAAUUUAUUCCAAAGGACAUAAAAACAACAAAUCCACAAAAAUUGCUGGUAAUGAAAGAAGAUGAAGAAAGACUGUAUAAACAUAAUCAUAAUCCGUAUAAUUUAUCUGUUAUGAAAUAUUUAGGUAUAAUAAAUCCUCAAAAACAUCAUCAAAUGAAUACAAGCAAUAACCAAAAUAGAAGGAAUAACACAUUCAAUUCUAGCUUAGAUAACUUGUGUGAUUAUCAUAUCAACAAACAAAAGAAAUUUAGAAUAAUUAGCACAACAGAAGAAUUUUUUAUAGGAAGAGAUAAAACCCUUUACCACAUAAUAGUCAACAAAGUAUUCUCAUAUCAUCUUGGUUUGCCAGUUUCGAUACAUAAACCCGCCUUACAGUUACGUAAAGAUCCCCAUUGCUACAAAUGCGUAACAGAUUUCCCUGAAAUCAUAACGCCAACCAUGGAUCCCCGGCAAUUCGACAUGCCUUUGGGAAACGAGCCUCCUGGAAAUCACACGACGUCUAAUAUAAACAAUAGCAAUACAAAUAGCAGAAAUAGACAUCCUCCCGCUUUACAAUAUCCCAAUACCCGCCCUUCCAAUUUGCAUUUCAGAAAUAUACAGCCAUCUAAUUUAAAUUCAAAUAUGCUUCGAUCUGGUAGUUUAAACCCAAACAAUUUGUAUCAUGGAAAUAUGCGAGCGACCCAUUUAAAUCAAACAAUCUUGUAUCCUAUUAACAUGUAUCAUCCCAGAUAUAUGCAUAUUGGUUUACAACAAGGCACUCUUCAUCCAUCCAGCUUCCAUCCUAACAAUUCUCAACUUCCCAAUAUCUAUCCUUACAUUUCUCAACUUCCCAAUAUCUAUCCUUACUAUUCUCAACUUCCCAAUAUCUAUCCUUACAAUUUUCAACUCCCCAAUAUCUAUCCUUACAUUUCUCAACCUUCCAACAUCCAUCCAUACAACCCACGCCCCUUCAACAUUCCUGCUCACAACUAUCGCUCUUACAGCAUCCCUCCUCACAAUUCUCGCUUCCAAAACAUGCAUCCCAUUAAUCAGCAAGCUAUUAUCUCUCAAUUGAAUAAUGGACAGAGCAAUAAUACGCAUACUACCACCCAUGCCCAUACUAAUAUUACCCAAAGAGAAUUACAAAACAAUCCUCACAAUAGAAUAGCACCGCAGGUUGAAGGAUCCAAUUCGCCAUCUCCAAAUGCAUUAAAUCGAUCUACAGAAGAAAAUAAUAAUAGUCGUAACGAAUUAGAGACAAAAAGAAAGCGCAGAGGCACUUCAAAGUCGACGAAUAUAAAUAAUAAUACACAAACAUCACACGAUUCCAAUUCGAAAAAUAAGCGUCCCAAAAAAUCACGCCGAAGUAGGAAUUUAGAGAAUUUAGAAUGCGAUGAUGAAGAGAAAAAUAAAAAGAAAAGUAGAAUAAGAACCGAAAGCCCACAAGAAAAAAAUACUGAUACCCCAAAAUCCGACGAAAGUAGUACAACUGCGUCUAAUUCCCAACAAUCAUCCCCAGGAGAAUCAUAUAGUUCGGAAAAAAAUGAUGAAAAUUAA